CACGCAUGCUCAAAAUAGCGGAAGUGGUAGAUCUAAAUGUUGUUUUAAAAUGAAUUGUAAGACUAAGUUAGGUAAAUAGCCUUUGAGGUGCACAAGAGAUACCCAAAUUAUCUGUGAUUAAAUAGAGCUGCGCGCAGAGUCUAUGUUGGGAUGUCAGAGGAAAUGGCCAUAUAGAAAGUCGUCUGUAUUUCGACGACGAACUCUGCUUGGCUCGGUUCUCUUUUAGAAGUGAAGCUCAAUGCCCAUGAUGACUCUGCUGAUGUACCUUCUAUGAAAUGAUAUUGUGAAGAAAUACAAUUCUGCCUAAUGGAACAAGAAUCUUCCUUUGAAAUGGCUCGGAGAAGAAUGAGAAACUGGCGAUUUAGAUAUAUUUACAUUUUUAUACUAUUGAUACCAGUGCACUUUAUAUUUGACUAUUUUGGCAUAUAUCUUAUGGCAAGAUCUGAAUCAUUCAGUGAAUUCAAAUAUCCACAUGAGGUCGAUAUGCCUAAGUUAGUUGCUGCGUUUGAGCGUGGUAAGAAACCUUGGGUAGGACCCUUGAAUAGACUGAUCCAUCCUGAAGUGUCAAACGCAGAAGACAAAUGUCUUAAUGGCGUAUUUGGGGAUCUCCAUGUAGUUUUAGUUAUAAAAUCAGCGAUGAAUCAUUUUGAAAAUAGGAACAUGAUUCGUAGAACUUGGGGCCUGGAAAUGAACGAUUUAGGAUUUAGGACGCGUAGAGUAUUUGUAGUCGGUGUUGAUCCUCUUAACCAAGAACUACAGCAACAAAUUCAUGAAGAAAAUGUAGCAUUCCAUGACAUCGUGCAGUAUUUUUUCAAAGAUAGUUAUUGGAAUAACACAAUUAAAACAAUGCUGGCUUUUAAAUGGGUUGAACAAUACUGCAGUAAUGCCAAAUAUGCGUUUUUCUUGGAUGACGAUUAUUACGUCUCAAAUAGGAAUCUGAAAAAAUUCAUCCACACAGUUCCAGAAUCAAAACGUAAAAAUUUCAUCGCAGGCUAUAUAUGGACAUAUGCAAGACCUUUGCGACAAAAAAACUCCAAGUGGUAUGUGACGCUUGAGGAAUAUCCAUAUUUUUAUUGGCCGCCAUAUCCAACCGCUGGUUCUUACUUAGUUACUAUGGAAACUAUACACAAAUUCAACAUAGCAAUGUUAUAUACUAAAUAUACGCGUUUUGAUGAUGUUUUCAUUGGUAUAGUGGCAUGGAAACUUGGAAUACGAUUGACACACUCUGAACAUAUGCAUUACUACAAUGUACCAUACACAAAAGAAGCGUAUAGAGACACUAUAGCCAUGCAUGAGGUCCUUGGCAUGGACCUGUGGAAAAUAUGGAAUGAACAAGAAAAGUUAAUAAGUUAAAUCAGUAUUGAAUUAGACUCUUCAUUAUAAUAAUUUGUGGUGUUAUUGUAAAAUCUUAUUGUAAAAUCGUCAACUGUAAGCCAAGGUGUUGUAUAGUUUUAUAUUUUUACAAGAAAAAUACAUGAAUGUUUUUGAAAUUC